AUGUCGGGACCACCAAACAAGCCCGUUCUAGUCCAGUGGAUCCUUGACACACGGUCCUGGUUCCCCUCAGCCGCUAAGACCCGCGAUCUCGAAGUCCAUGCCUCUCGCCCUCUAUCCCUCCUAACCCCCACCGAGCGCGCCUCCGUGCUCAAAUACUUCCAUGUCCGCGACGCCAAAAUGGCACUCGCCUCGGCCUUGCUAAAGCGGUACGCCAUCGCGCGGCUCGCUUGCGUUUCCUGGUCAUCCGUCCCAGUCGGAUUCACCCGCGACCAGCGCACCACCAAGCCCAUCUGGCGCGACCCUUCGACUGGUGCACAGCCAGUCUCCUUCAACGUGUCGCACCAGGCUGGGAUAGUCGCGCUCGUCGCUGUGGCGGAUUACCCCUCGCCAGGGCGGGCAGAGGGGGUUCAGGUUGGCGUGGAUAUUGUCUGCACAUCAGAGCGCAGGGAACGGGAUCAAGAGCUUAUUCGCAAAGAGGGAUGGGGCAACUUUGUGGAUAUGCACGCUGAUGUUUUCGCGAUGGGCGAGACGAGUUAUCUCAAGUAUCAGGUGUUGAGCGCUGUGCCGGGGUUGGUGCCUAGGGAUGACCCUCAAACACCACCGACGCCAGAGCAGGUGGCUGAUGGGAAGCUGAGAGCUUUUUAUGCGCUUUGGGGGUUGAGGGAGGCAUACGUGAAGCUGACGGGCGAAGCGUUGCUGGCUGAGUGGCUGGGCGAGUUGGAGUUUAGGUAUUUUAGGCCGAGUAGGCCGACGCCGGGAUGGGAUGUACCAGCUGUUGAGACGAAGGAGGGUGAAGACGAGGGGGAGGAUGCGCAGGUGCUUAGGAAGUUUGAGAUACGGUUUAGGGGGAAGAGGGUAGAGGAUGUGAACAUGUGUUUGCGAUCACUGGGAUCGGAUUACAUGGUUGCUACGGCCGUAAGGACGCCGGAGGACCCGAGUGUUGGGUUAGAAUGGAACUUGGGGGCGUAUGAGAUAUUGGCGCUGGAUUACUUGUUGGGAUUUGCAGAGUCGGCGGUGUAA